ACAGUCCGUCCCUACCAGCAACGCGAAAGGUUUUUGUCUUGCUUUCUUGUUGCUUUGUGUGAUUCUCGAGUCUCUGUUCUGCGUCUGCGUCCCGUUCUCGUGCCAACGAACUGAUUUCGCCCCGCGUUCGUGCUCAAUCGUAAAUUCGAAAUAAAUUAAAAAUGUCUCGCAGUUCGUACCUGUUGUGUGUGCUGUUUUUAGGCGCCAGCUGCUUGGUUUUCAGUGCGAGUGCAGCGCGGAACAAUCGAAGGGGUUACAAGGCCACGGAACCGCCCACCACCACCCAGCCCCCGCAGACGGCCAAGGAGUAUCUGGAUAGUCGACCCGGAAUCUCCACAUUCGGCAUCAUCGCCAUCAUCUUCACCGUAAUCGUUCUCUGCCUCGUCUUCUACUACGGCAUCAUUUGCUACCCCUUACUCUGUCGCGAUGACAAGAAAUAUCGGUUUAUGGACGUAUCUUCAACCAUUACUGCCGCCACAUCGCGCUCCAUUCAAUCCAUAGAGAACUAUCCCGACCAGAAACACCAUCAUACGUUGGCCUGAUUCGGGGUGUGGACACCUGGAGGAUAGUGGUUUAGUAGUACUUCAAUUUAGUAACGCGAAAAAGACUUAAAUGCCAGCCAGAAACGAAAACCCAUUAGUAUGACUACAGAUUUAGGUCCUAAGUUUUAAAAAGAAAUAUCUCGAAUUUUAUCUCUAUAUACCCUUCGCAUUACUGGAAAGUAAUUACUUUUUUAACAUAUUCGAAGUUCCGAAAUGCUCUGAAAGAAUUUUCCCAUAUUUUGACCGAAUUUCGUAACAAAGCAGUACUACACAUAGCAAUAACCAGUUGAGGAGUUCGCUGGAAAGGGAAUUAAUCAUUCAUAAUUGUAAAUUGGGUUUCCUACGCAUCCCCGACUGUUUCUUUAUCUGUUGUUUCUCUUAAUCCCGGGCUCAACAAGUUUGGCCUGUCCUCUGGCCCUUUUUCCUUGUCCCUCCUGCAUCUUUGGCCUUUUUUUAUUUCUUUUAAUGCAGGUAGUUUUAGCCGUUUACUCACCGCUUUGUUCUCUGUUCAUUUUUUUUGUGGGACAGAGCCAAAUUGUGGCAAUUGAGUCACGUUGCCUGGUUGUUUCUUUCGAAAUCCAAGGGAAUUUAGCGAUCUUUUUUAUACCGUCUUCACGCAACCCAAUUUGCAUUAAGAAUCCGAAUCGUACUAACAGACGAACUCUUCGUGAUGCCUCGAAUUUUGCACUACAUUUUAAAACGCCGAUUCCCGUCCCUUUAUAUACACAGGUUGUACUUAAAUCGAAACCAAGUACUUAAUAAUUGUACCAUGCCAAUCAUAGUUUAAGCGCCAAUCUGCCGCCACGAAUACAUUUAAGAAAUCUUCAGUUUGUGCAUUUAGACCAGCAUGAGUAUCCUUCUAUAUAUUGUGUCAAAAAAAACGUUUUUAGACGUUAUAUAGCAUUAAGUCUAUCAAAGUUUAUAUACAAAUCUUUUUGGACAUUUUUAUGUGAGUUUUACAUAAAAUAAAUGGUUUUACCUCACCC